UGGUAGAAUUGAGUCUAACUUGAUUUUACCAAUUCAGUCUUUUCUCAGCUAACAAAGUGCUUGGGUGAUAUGUAUAGCUAAGUGUGUUUAAAAUUUAUGUGUUUGUUGCAUUUUACCUGCACACCUGAGAUAGAUAUAUAUUUACACAAGUCAACAGUUCGGAGUUUUCAAUUUAAAAGAAUAGAAAGACUCCUGUCUUUACCAACAUACAUACAUAUAUUAUUUACUAAUUUAACUCCUUUUUUGACAUUUCAAUACAAAAUAAACUAAGAGACGUCAUUGAUUGUUGAUUAAUAUAAAAAUGAUCGGUAGUGAUUAUGUUCUGGAAGCGCAUAACAUUUUCCACACCACAGAGGUGGAUGGAGGAGGAUGUUUCAAUGGUGGUGGCAGUACAGCUAUGGUUCUUAAAGGAGUUAAUUUGACUGUUCACAGCGGGGAAGUAAUGGCAAUUUUGGGAUCGAAAGGAAGUGGAAAAAGAGCUCUUCUGGAUGUUAUUUCUCGGAGAGCUGAAGGAUUAACACGCGGUCAAGUAUUGCUCAAUGGAACACCUCUAUCAAAAGCCCUAUUUCAACAGAGAUGUGGUUAUGUUACUCAAUCAUGUACAUUUAUUCCAGGUCUUACAAUUGCUCAAACUUUACAUUACACAGCUACAAUACUUUCUGGAUACUUAAAAAGCUCCAAAGUGCGGCAGGUAUUAGCAGAUCUUGCACUCUCUCAAGUUGCUCACAAACGGGUUGAGUAUCUUAAUAUUAGUGAAAAAAGACGUUUAGCAAUAGGAAUUCAACUUGUUCGAGAUCCAGUUAUGUUACUUUUGGAUGAACCAACACAAGGUCUUGAUCCAUUGAGUGCUUAUUUGCUAAUAUCAAUUCUCUCAAACACUGCAAAGAAGACGGGUUGUGGAAUAUUACUUUCAUUGGAGAAACCUCGUUCAGAUGUCUUUCCCUUUCUGGAUCGAGCUCUAUUUCUAUGCCUGGGGGGAGUUGUCUAUUCGGGCAGUACUCGAGCUAUGUUAGAAUACUUUCAUGGCAUUGGUUUUCCUUGUCCUCAGUUGGAAAAUCCUUUAAUGUACUAUUUGUGUCUAUCUACAGUUGAUCGAAGAAGUCGAGAUCGAUUCCUUGAAUCGAGUCAGCAGAUUGAAGCAUUGGUAGAACGGUUCUCCCGAGAAACACCCAUCUCCGAUGCUCCUCUCAAUUCAAUGGGGAGCGGAAAAGUUCCAUUAGCUUAUGGCAAGCCAGGAGAAUUGAAAGUUUGGCUUAUGCUAUAUCUGAAACUAUUGGCUUCAACUUUCUCAUGUGGUGUGGCUGGUAUGCGUUCACUGUUCCUUAGAUUAUUUCUGUUGCCUUUAGCAAUGUCAACACUAUGGCUGUUUUAUUGGAAUAUUGGUGACGAUGCAUAUGGAUUCUUUAGUAAAAAUGGUAUGAUCUUAAACAUCAUUGGUCUCUCAUAUGGAAGUGGAAUUUUGGCAACAGUUAGUUUAUAUCCCAUAUGGAGAAAAAGAUUUUCCCAGGAUAACCCUGAAGGACUUUAUACAGGAGCAACAUUACUUAUUGCAUACAAUUCAAUUUCAAUUCCAUUUUCAAUAGUUUCUGCAGCGAUCGCAAGUUGUGUUCUUUAUCCACUAUUUUUAGACCCAAACACUCCAAAUGGUACUAUUUUUGCCUAUGUUUUGGUCGGGCUUUGGACAAGUUAUGUUAUGGCCGAACAACUUUCAAUUGCCUUUUUGUUGGUUGUUAAAGUUCCAUUUAACGCAGCUAUCGCAGUAUCAUAUUUACUUUGUAUAAGCCUAGCUUUAGCAAGUGGAACAGUACGGUCCUAUAAAGGUCUUCAGCCAUGGUUGCAAGACAACACUAAAGGAACUCACACUCGAUAUGUGUCUUCUUUGCUGCACAGUGUUGCUUUUCAAUCACAUAAACUGAAUUGUACACCAACAGCUUCGGUAAUUUGUCCCAAAGCAGCAGAUUUUCUACAUGAACGCUUGGGACAAGCUGAUCCAGAUGAGACCAUUGAUGUUGCAGCAUCUUGCGCUUUUGCAGUAGGCUUGGCAGCUUUUAAUAUGCUUCUGUAUCUAUUUCCAAUGCCUCGAUGUGUUCGACAAAAAUUUAAAGACUGAAAUGAAUAUAAGUAGUUAACUUUUAUGUAACUUAUGCAUUUAAAGUAUCAGAAAUAAACUUCCUAGCUCUUAUACAAUUUUAUAAAAAUUA